ACCGUACAUGUGAGAGGUACCAGCCAGACUGUGUGCCUUGAAUUACCUGCCGUAACGGUUGUGAGGACAAUCAUGUUGCCUGGGUUUUACCUUAGCUUCAGCAGAGCUUACCUCGCUAGGGAAAAUGAAAAUUCAUACCAAACAUCAGCACUUUACCUUUAGCUAAUACAAGUGUACUUAGUUCAUAUCUGAUAGUUUAUGACCUACACUCAAUUUUUUAACUAGUAAUACACAAGUUGUGGAUGCCCAUUACGAGAUUGUUAUGUGUUGUUGAAUUUCAAUAGAAACCCUGCAUGACUGCAUCCUUAGAAACCAUUUAUUGAGUACAACGUCUGUUUCUACAACUCUUCUAUCUUGUUUUAGCUAUCUGACUUAAGUGAAUCUUCAUAGUACAUCUUUUCUCGGAUUGACUUAUUUUAUUAAUAUCCAUCUAGCUUCUUACAUCUGGAUGUACAUAUGUAAGACGAUAUAAUAGUUCAUAUUGAAAGGGCAUUUGGUCAUCUUCAGAAAAAAAGAAGCAAAAAAAGUGCACGUGGUCAGAAAGAUAGGAUUUCUUAUUAAAGGUGCUGGGACACAGAGAAAUAUGUAACUCUAUCUUCAUAUUUUAGUAACUGGACAUCAAGUUUUAUAUAGCUCUUGAAUUAUUCUGCUUUGAUCAUGAUUCCUCUUUGUGCAACUCUCACUCUUUAAAGGAUACAACUUUGAACUUCAAUUCCCUUAUGAUUUGUGUUUCCUUUUACCGUCUGUUGGUUUUGUAUAUGAUCUGACUUUUUUGCUUAUGAUUCCAGGUAUUUCUCUGACCUUCUAAGACGCUAACAGGCUGAUGCCAGACCUCUCUGUUAGGGCCAUUGGUUUGUAUGUUUCACAGGGUUCAGUUUUGAAGGCACUUUGUGAUGGAAUGAGACUCAGCUGGUGGGGACUGCAUCUCGUUUAUACGUUCUACUUGAGUUGACGAAACCAUAUAACCUACUGGUACUGUUGAGUAUCAGUAAAAUAAAAGAUGCAUUCUGGCUGGGUUGAAAUAUUCUAGAAGUCGGAUUUAUUAGGAAUGAAAGUUGGCAUAUGAUUGUUAAUGGCGGAAUAUGCUGACCUGAGAGCAACCUAAGUUGAACAUAUGUUUUAGUGGCACUGGAAGAUAUUUGGUGGAUGACUCAGUUCUGUUGGCUGUGAAUAAAUAAUCUCUCUAGAUUCAUCCUUCUGAAACAAAUGAGCGUGAGUAGGAAAAUUCACGUGUGUGGCUGACUGCAGUCAGAAGCUCAGAGGAAUUUGUGCCAAUAGCGGAAAUGCAUAACAAUGGUUUUAGGAUACAAUUGGUGUUGCCGUCCCAUCUAAUUCCGACGCCUAGAAAAUGAGAUAGAUAGAUGAUGUCCGAAGACUACAUUCCCCCCAUAUCCUGUUUGUUUGUUUGUUCACUGCUGUUACUGAAUUAGUUAUGAACUCAUCACUCUAAAGUGUCAUUAAGAGAUUAUGCUUGUAUUUUCUUGUCUAUUCAAACUCAUCUCAGGUUUCAAAGUUGGACAAGCUUAGUGAACUACAAUCCACUCGCUUGAGAGUAAAGCCACCUUCGAAGGCCUGUGUCUCUCAGACUUCAAAUGGAAUGUCGUCACCACGUCCACGAGGAAUGCCCCCUCCAUCCAUGGCAAACUCCAUGACUCCACCGGCUGCCCCAAGAUUAAUCCCACCUUCCCCUAGUGCACAAUACAUGGCUCCAUCAGAAAUUAUCACGAGUGGGGCUCAGAAAAGAGAUGCCAAGAUCAGUGUUCGGGAUGAAACACAAUUAGAUAAAGUACCAGGUAUGGCAUUAGUGGCAACUGCUGUUCAUCGCGUAUAUGUUUGUUCUCACGGGGCAUCGUUUUCAUUUUUUCCAGAGACUUUGAUCAAGCUAAUGGAAUAUGGGGAUGACGACGAUGACGAUGAGCAAACCGGCCAGUUACUUGGAAAUGGCAGCAACUCCAGUUCGACAGCAGUUGGAAAACCAUUUUGGGCUGCCUGAAUGGCAUUCUGUCAGUAAUUGCUGAGACUGAAUGAACUAUCGCCCUUGUACGAAUUCAGCUACACACUGGGGUUUCUGAUCACUAGAUAUCUGUUGUAGCUUCUCAACCUUGAUGUUUGGCGUCAUCAAAUCCUUCAUCUGUACCGUGAAGUUUGGAGUCGGUAAAGAGUUUUGCGGCUUUGCUGUUUGAAAAUAUAUCUAGAGCUCUCCUCUUUCUCCUUUCUUUUGUCUUUAUUUCUGUUUUCUUUCUCCCUUUUGUACCUGUCCCCCUCUUCCUCUUCCCAUGGAGGUGCAGUUAUAGUUUCCAGGAUUUGAUGCGGCACGGGAUAGUUUGAAAACUUUAAUUCGAAAUCAUAGACCCCAAACUGUCUCACACCGUCGUCGAAAGUGGUUGGAAAGGCCGCGAAAUAGGGACGAGCGAGGGAGAUCACACAAGUUGCACGGUCAGGACAGGAAAGCGCACGACCGUACAUAGUUGCCUUUUUGGCCGUGUGGGAUUUACCAGAAGCUGCACGGUCUGACCCUUUUUUCGCAUGGUCGUGCAUGAUGAAUUUGUGGUUGUGAUGAUUUCUGCUAGAGAGCUGCACGGCCAGGCUCGGUAUUGUACGGGUCGUGCACUCCUCUAGCGGAAUUAAUUGAAACGGCGCGUUUUGGGGUGCAAGGGCAUACUAGGAGGCUGCACGGUCGUGCGGUUUGGCCGUGCAAUCAUGGAAGCUGCUUCUUAACCCAAUUUAAGGUUUUGGAGAGAGGGAUACGACAUUUUGAGCAAAAACAGAGUUCUAGUGAGAGAAAGUGUGAAGAACAAACCCUAGGAGCUAAUUUGGAGUGGAUUUCUCACCAUUGAAGCCUAGAUUGCAUCUUCAGGAGUGAAGAUCGACAUCCCAGAGCAGAUUAUUCCCAUCUUUAUGAGUAUGACUGCUUUGAAUUCUGUUUUCCUCUCUCUCUGUUCUCACCAUUGGAGUAGACAAGCAGCUGAUUGACUCGAUUUGCGGCGGGAACAUGCUGACCAAGACGCCGCUGCCGUUGAAUAGGCUCUUCAAAGAGAUGGCAGAGCAGGGAUAUGACUGGGGAACUGCUAGGAGAUCGAGGCGAGCACCACAGCCGGGUGUGCAUGCUGUAGCCACCCAGUCAUUUGAGUUGGUGCAGGUUGUCUCGAAGCUGGUAUCGGUUUUGGAUCGUAAUGGGAGGAUCUCCGGGAGAGGUCAGCAGCAGGCGAUGCAUUGUCAAUGGUGUGAGAGCUCCCAUCAUACCGUAGAAGACUGCCAGACCAUGCGUGAGUGCAUUACACCACAGGAGCAGGUGAACUUCAUCAACAAUACUAGGCGCAAUGACCCCUACAGUAAUACUUACAACGAGGAUGGCGCCAACAUCCAAAUUUCUCGUGGAGUGGCAACAACAAUCCCAAGCCACCUGGCUUCCAGGCUCCUGCAACUGGUCUUCAAAACUAGAGGCAGCCAUACCAGCCUCACCCGGGCCAGAUGCAGCAAUGUAGUCACUUUAUCAGCCUAGACAAGGGCAGGCUUUUCAAGAGCCCCCACGGCAGCAGUAGUACCAGCAGUCUGGUGCAUCUCCAUCAGUCCCAGCAUCGGGUGAUCUCGUGUCAGAACUGAGGGAUCUAGUGACCACCUUAGCCAGCACUAGUACCCAGAAGUUCAAUAAAUUGGAGCAAAUUCA